AUGUCAAACACUGACUUCAAGAGACUUGAGCUUUUCAACAGUAUCCUGAAUGGUUGCAGUGUAGGUCCAUCCUGUAAUGACUCCCAGCUGAUUUUCCACAACAGGAGCCUUGAUUAUGGGCUGGAGAUUCUUGACGAUGGAUCCCCUUGGUUGAGGAUAGUCAUCUCUCUGGUGUACUUUGUUGUGGCUACAGCAGGAGUGGUGGGGAACUUAUUAGUGAUGUUCCUACUGUAUUCGACUCACACCAUCACCACAGGCACCAUCAACUUCUUUGUGUUCAACUUAGCUUUGGCUCACUUGCUGUUCUCCCUGGUCUUGCCGUUUUGGGCCAUAGACAUUGCAAUGGACUACAGCUGGCCCUUCGGCCUGGCCACGUGCAAGGCUGUGUCCUUACUCACUGGGCUCAAUGUCUUUGCCAGUUGCUUCUUUCUCACAGCUAUGAGUUUGACCCGAUACUGCUAUGUGGCUACUGCUCUCAAACCCAGUGCCUCUCUUUGCAGCAGAUCUUGCACCUCUCCGGUGGCCACGGCUUUUAUCUGGGCCGGAGCACUCAUAGCAGCGGCGCCUCGAGCUGUGUUUGCAGACCUGAGAAAUGUGGGCAGUGGCAAUGACACAGCAUGCCUGUUCCGUUUCCCAGAUGGUACGGCCUGGCUUGGAAUAAACCAGCUCUUGCGAGUGGUGCUGGGAUUUCUGCUUCCCUACGCCAUCAUAAUCCUCUCCUACCUGCUUCUGCUGCGCUUCCUUUGUCGGCAUAAACUGAAGGGCAGCAACUCUCGGCGAAAGGCUGAUAUUUCAAAAUCCGUAGCAGUGGUUGUGCUUUCUUUUUGUGCCUGCUGGUUCCCCUACAAUGUUCUCACACUUUGGGGUGUCUUGAUUCAGCUUGACAUUGUUGAUAUCAGCCCGUCAUUCUACUUGGCUCAAACAUACUUUUUCCCUCUGGCCAACUGCUUGGCAUUCACCAGCAGCUGCUUUAACCCUGUAAUCUACUGCCUGGUGAGAAAAGAAUACCGUGUUGCUCUCCAUAAUGUGCUCUUCAAAUUGAGCCUGACUAUUAUGUCCAAGAUGCCCUAUGGCAUUAAUUCUGAGGAGGGGUCGGGACAAACUGGGCAGCUGGCUAUUCCGCUCAAUAACAUGUACAGCGAGACAGUCCAGACCGACACAAGGAGAUACGCACCUCUGUCAACAAUUCCAACCGUGGUUUCCAACCUGUAA